UUAUAUCCAUCUCUAUCCUUUCGCAUCCCUUGCUCCUCCUCAGCUAUGGUCGUUCCCUCUUCAAAUUCCAUGAGAAGCAAGAAAACAAAUGCCGUGGGAAUCCCGACUGUGGAUCUUUCCAUGGAAAGGUCAGAGUUAUCGGAAUUGGUGAUAAAGGCAUGCGAGCAAUAUGGCUUCUUCAAGGCGGUGAACCACGGCGUGCCGGAGGAGGUCAUUUCCAGAUUGGAAAACGAAGGAUUUGAAUUCUUUUCCAAAUCCACCUCAGAGAAGCGACAGGCUGGUCCGGCCACACCGUUUGGUUAUGGUUGCAGAAACAUAGGCCCCAGUGGGGACAUGGGUGACCUCGAGUAUCUCCUUCUGCAUACAAAUCCUCUCUCCAUCUCCGACAGAUCCAAAACCAUCUCCAACAACCCUACCGACUUCAGGAAGAAAUGAAAUGACUCUGCCGGGUGAGCUUCCAAUCAAACUAUAGCCAGCCAGAUGCG